AUGCGCGCUGUCGCCAAGAAGCUCGCACAUAAGCUGCGCGAGGCUCAAGCGCGACGAAGGAAUUUGCGCUUUCCGUUCCACGCCCUCGGUCAGCGCUUUCUUCGCGAUCUCGUCUCUCUCACUUCUCGGAUCGGCUGGGACUCCGUGGACGUGCCCAUUUAUUCCUGCUGGAACCGCGUGAUGGAGCAGCUGUGGCCCUACUACGGCACCGACACGUGCGAGGGCCGACUUCUCGUCGAUCUUGCAACGUUUGCCCCAGUCUGCCAAAUUCUGAUCGCCGCGAUCGACACCGCCGUGAAGAUCGUCUCUGCAGACGAAGACUAG